AAUAAUACACUUUAAAUUUAGCCAGAUAAUCCUGACAUGACGUAUGUUUGUAAUUGAACAGUGUAUACGAGUAUUUAACAGAUAUUUUAAAAAUAUAUCGUAUUUUUAUCAAAUGAAAACUUUAUGAAAAGUGGGACUAACUAGCGUGCUAACAAGUUAGACACUUUUCCGUGUUGUCUAGGAAACGCGUAAACUGUCGUAAACACGAGGAACUUGAUUAACGAGCCAACAAUUUCAACUUUUGAAACGUUCGUCCUGGCGAGAAUGCUGUUGUCUGCCAGAAAUAAAGACUUCCAGUCUUUGGACAGCUAUUCUGAUGGUGAAGAUAAUAAUACAGCAACCGCAAGAAGAAGCGCGUUUCGAGAAGUAAACCCAGCUUCAGAGGAAAGCGGCGCGAACCGCAGGGCGACGCCUGGGCGGCAACACGCACGGCCGCAGUACUCAAGAGAAAGACACCUGUGGUCCGCUCGCAUUUUUUCUAUUCUGUGCAGCAUAGUCAUCGUCUCGUUUUUCGCUGUGCUUAUCUCCUUCUUGUAUAUUAUUUUAAAAGAUUUAAAAACAGAGAGGAUAACCACUGAAGAUGGAUCAGAAGUCAGACUUCUGGGGUUUUGGAGUAUUUUGGUCCUGUCCUCUGUGGCCGGAGUUUUGUGUUGCAGUUUCUCCUGGACUCUAACCUACUUUGACUCAUUUGAGCCAGGGAUGUUUCCCCCAACCCCUCUUUCUCCAGCCAGACUCAAGCAAAUGACCGGACACUCUUUCCAUAUGGGCUACAGCAUGGCUAUACUCAACGGCAUAGUGGCUGCACUCACUCUUAUAUGGUAUCUCACCUGAUAUCAUACAUUGACAAACCUCAACUCCAGGCCUUCUGUGGAGACUUUAUAUGUCAUAAUUAUCAAACUUGAACAUGAAUCAGUCAAGAGAAAAUAAUGUUUUGAUAUUAACUAGACCUGAUUUCAGGCAUAACUAAAUUUUAACAAUGUGUAGUUACUGCAUUUUUCUUGUACAGGCCAGUACAGAUAAAACUGUUUUUAAAAAUGAGAAAAACAAAUACAAAAUAAGAAAUGAUAUAUAACUAAUUAAGAUGUAAAAAAUGUUGUGUGUGUGUGUGUGUGUGUGUGUGUGUGUGUGUGUGUGUGUGUGUUGUAAAAUUUGACUUUAAUUCAGUACAAAUGCACAGUGACCUUUUUCUUAAUGGACUACAUUUUGAUGUAAUAAUAUUAACAGAGUCAGGGUCUCUUUGUUACCCUGUUUUUGUUUUUAAAAGGCUUUUAUUACAGAAUCCUGUUGCAGUAGUGUUUUACCAUUACAAUAGCAGCGCAUUACUAGUCUGCUUUCAUCCUUUUGAUGUAAUUCAUUAUCAGUGUGACAAAACAUACAUGCUUUUUAACUUGUUUCUACAUAAAUAAAUGUGUAUUUUAGUACCUCCACUUAGCAAAGACUGGAGUCCCUUUCCAAUUGUGCUUUAUUAAAGCUGGAAGUUGCUGCUCUAUUUGUGCAUUUUAAUGGGGGAAAUCAUUAGUACAAUAGCUGUUUUGGGGUUGAUGGAGAGUGACCGUGUUAAAGCUCUGUGGAGAGCCUAGGAGAAGGUCACGAAGUGUAGAAGUGUGGAUUUAAUUUAUGACUUUAAUUAUUUGAUGCGGACUCUGCUAGGCCAUGAUUACUUUUUUCUACUUGAUUAGAUUAGCAGACCUUGUAGCGGCUCAUUUCAGCUAGCGCUAAUGCACUGGUCUGUCUCGUAUAUGGAGUAUUAAUGUACUGCUGCCGGUUUGUCAUUUUGGAUGUGUGGCAAAAGGCUUCUAUAAUUUGUUUUCAUUUACAGGACAUUUCCAUCUCAUUUUGUGUUACCUUCAAAUAGACAUUAAUCCUUGUUUGUUGACCAUAAAUACUUAUGCAUCUUAAAACUUGUUGCUAUUAGAGUAUUUUUUUUUUAUUAAUUUUUUUGCGGUAAAAGGGACGUGUGUAUUAUGAGCUGUUUUGCAGCAUUCUUUAUCUUAAACUAUAUCCCAAACAUUUCCUUAUAGCCUGCAUGACUUGGUGAUUAAUUCUUUUACUGCUAUAUCUGUUGAGAUGAAGGUCUGUCUGAGAUAAACUUUCUCAUUCGCCUUCAGAAACAUGCAGUGAAGCUGUCACAGACAAUAUCCCAUCCUGAAACCACCUGAUUUGUAGGUUGAGUGGUUUGCUUUCUUGUUUUUCAGCUUUUUAAAUAUUCAGAGAUGAAAAUGAAACACUGGAAUAUUCAUGGAUUACCCAAGAGAUGUAACAUUAUGUCAUAUAAGCAGAGUGAAUAUGGUGAGAAUGUAUUAAUGCAACAAAAACUAAAAAACAAUAAAUUUACAAU